CAGCAGACAGCCCUGAAUAGACACACAAACAACUUGCUGGGACGCACAUGAGUAAACGAGGCUUCCAACUGUUGUAAUUUGGUUCGACACUUCCGUUAAAGUCUAAAAAUAGCAUCGGUCUCGCAGAUCGAAAGUAUUCUUUGCAAGAGAUCACAAAAUCCUAAUCGAAAGGUAUGUGGCAUUCAGAAGAUUUCAUGAUAGCUGAUGAAGUGGUUGCUGACAGCGCUCAGUGCCACAGAAGGAUCACUUUUCCUCAUCAAACAACUUUUGAAGACUCGAGCAAACAGUGUGACUACUCCUCUAAGCUAAAUUCCGACUCUGGCUUUCUUUCUGGAGUCAGCGUCAAUGAAGAUUCUGCUGUGAUAACAUCCAGCUCAAUAAAUCUGUCUGAAGAACAAGACAACAUGAAGCUAAAAAGUGCUGCAAAGUUCAGUGUUAGUGAGCUCAACUUGGAUUAUAACUCUGAGAAAAAAAAUAAUUUGAGUGGUCCAAGUCCAGUCAAACCUCAUAAAGAACUCCCAAGAAGGAUAACUUUACGUGACCUACUUAGACAGGAUGAUGAUGGAGACACGCCAUUGCAUUUAGCGGUGCUGCAAGGGUUCAUCGAAGUAGUUUUCAGUUUGGUCCGGAUUUUACCCGACCCUCGUCUACUAGAAAUUCCCAACAAAUAUUUUCAAACGCCGCUACAUUUGGCAGUUUUAACGAAUCAGGCUCCGCUUGUCCGCCGACUAGUCGUAGGAGGAGCAUCGGUUUUGCUUCGGGAUCGCUUGGGCAACACACCUCUACAUCUGGCCUGUCGUGAUGGGCAUGUUGAAUGCGCUCAUGCCCUGCUCCUGCCCGUCAGCAACGAAGAACGGCAAUCAGCGUUGUUACCAUUGCAUAUUGUCCCACAACCUUUGCCACAGGACCUGGAACAGAAAAAUUACGAUGGUCAGAUGCCACUCCACCUUGCGGCCAUGAACGGACACGUUUCCAUAGCUAAGUUGCUUUGUUGCUUUGGAGCUAACGUUAAUGCCACGGAAGGCAAAUACGGACGUACAGCAUUGCAUUAUACAGUAGAACGCCGGCAUCCUGCCAUGUUACAUUUCCUAGUGUCUCAGUGCGGUGCACUUACCGAAGCCGAAACAUACUCCGGCUAUACAGCCCAUCAAAUGGCCAUGGCUGCCGAGCCAGUUCUAGCUGCCUUAUUGGCUGAUCUAGGUGCGCAGACAAGGCCGUGCCUACUUGAGAAAUUCUCAAGUGAUGACGAAGAUAACUAUGUUGACAGUAAUCUGUCGUUAGCGGCCCCAUGGAGGCCCCAAAUAGACAAAAAUACGUCCUUGACGAAUGAAGCCCUUCAUCUGGUAGCCUAAAUUAGCAUCUAUAACCGUUACACUAAUGUAUGCGUCACUUUACAACUUGUGUAAUUAUGAAAAUACUUUUUCUUUUCUGGAAAAAAAAAGAAAUAUUAUGGGUUGUAGUCGUUUCGUGAAACAAUACUGUGCGACGUACUGUACAGAAUCAAUAAAAAAUUAUCACGUUUGACGACGUUACUUCAA